GCAGUGAGCCUCGGACAGUGCUCGGCUCCAGCGCUUUAUUUUAAGAUGAUCGGCCAAGGUCUUUGCAGAUAGAUUUUAUCUGAAGUUAAAUAGCAGGCGCUCGCCGCUUACUCGCCAAUAAGUCAUUUUUAAUAGAGACAAAUCGCUCUGGACGCUCCGGAGCGUCGGUGCCGCCGUUCCUGCCCGCGCCCCCCGCCGAAGGCGAGCGGGCAGCCCGGGCAGCUCCCUCCUCCCGUAAGUGUCCUGCUCGGCGGAUCCAGAGCGCGGCCGUGUGCGGAGAAGGGGAGGCAAGGGGGGGAGAGCCUGCCAGCCGCCCCGUCGCCCUGACAGUGCCUGCGCUGGAUGCACAGCGGCCGCGGGACACCUCGGCGAGGAGAUGCGCAGGGGUGGUGGGCUGCGCCGCGGCACUCAGCCUCUCUAGGCUCGCCCAUGGAGCGUCCCGCGGAGCCCCGUCCGCCGUCGGAUCCCCCACGCCGCUGGUGAGAGCUCUGCUUGUUCUGUAAAGUGGAUGUCAGGUGGAUCUAUGUUCUGGAAGGAACAAAGAGGCAGCGAAAGCAGCGCGGGGGAAGUUUGAGCGGCGAGGAUGCAGGCUGUGUACUGGUACGCGGUCCUUUUGCUGCAGCCCACUCUCUACCUGGUUACCUGUGCAAAUUUAACAAAUGGAGGAAAAACAGAACUUCUAAAAUCAGGAAGCUCCAAAUCCACACUAAAGCACAUAUGGACGGAAAGUAGCAAAGACUUGUCCAUCAGCCGACUGCUGUCACAGACUUUUCGUGGAAAGGAAAAUGAUACAGAUUUGGACCUGCGAUAUGAUGCCCCAGAAACUUAUUCUGAGCAAGAUCUCUGGGACUGGCUGAGGAACUCCACAGAUCUGCAAGAGCCUCGGCCCAGAGCAAAGAGACGGCCCAUCGUCAAGACUGGGAAAUUUAAGAAAAUGUUUGGCUGGGGAGAUUUUCAUUCCAACAUCAAGACUGUGAAGCUAAAUCUGUUAAUAACAGGGAAAAUCGUUGACCAUGGCAAUGGGACGUUUAGUGUUUACUUCAGGCAUAACUCCACUGGUCAAGGGAAUGUAUCUGUGAGCCUAGUGCCCCCUACAAAAAUAGUGGAAUUUGACUUGGCACAACAGACAGUGAUUGAUGCCAAAGAUUCCAAGUCCUUUAACUGUCGAAUCGAGUAUGAAAAGGUUGACAAGGCUACCAAGAAUACACUCUGCAACUAUGACCCUUCAAAAACCUGUUAUCAGGAGCAGACCCAGAGCCACGUGUCAUGGCUCUGCUCCAAGCCCUUUAAAGUAAUCUGUAUUUACAUUUCAUUUUAUAGUACAGAUUAUAAACUAGUACAGAAGGUGUGUCCUGAUUACAACUACCACAGUGACACGCCCUACUUCCCUUCAGGGUGAGGACCAACUUGUGUCUGAGACUGAAGCCUGGGGAAUAAAAGAGUUCGAAUGACAGGGCUGUAACCUCAAGGAGGAAGGCCACAUUUAUUGCCUGGAAUGUGUCUACCUGCUGCUGAUGAUGUCAAAUGGCUGCAAAUAUGUAGUGGAAAACAAUCUAAUGUUAUUUUUGUCCAGUCAGCUCCAUGUAUCAAUCUAGGUGUGAAUCACUAUGGAUUUGAAAUAAACCCAUAUACAUACACAGAGACACACACACACAUACCUUUCAGCGCACAUUAUUGAGAUUCCUGUUAAGAAAUCUUUCAUUGUCUGAUAUCUAAGGAUUCAGCAUAACCUAUCAUCAAGCAAAAUGGAUUAACUAGACAGUACAAGGUUUCUAACGCAGACUGUUAUGGAAAUCUCCGUGAAAGUCCUUUGAGUACAUGCCAAUCAAUAAUCCCCACUCAUGCAUUCUACUGCUUGGAGUAGCUGUACUGGUAAAUAAUACUGUAGGAAUAAAUACUUGUUAAAGUGGGAAAAAAAAGUGUGUUUAGAGUUCAGUAUUCCGUAUUAUAUGAACACAGCAAAGUGUCAUGACUUUUCCCAGCACACAGUAGGCACAUUCAAGGUGGUGUUGGUGGCUCUUUUUCCAUGGAGCAAGCCUGUUUCUAGUAAAGAUGGGCAAACAUUUGGAAUUUACAUGUGAGCAGACAUUCUGGUUUAAUGUUUCUCUGACUCUUUAAGCUCUGAUUCUUAAAACUUGUUUGAGUUUAGGCCAGCUAAACUACUUAGAAACUGGAAUUGAUCUCUAAGAAGGAAAAUGCCUGACGGAGAACAUGUAAGUUAUAAGUGGCUGUCUUAUCUUUAUUACAAAAUAUUGUAACAAAUUCAAUAUCCUAGUCUUCAUUUGUAUGAAUGGUUUGUAUUGUACAUAAUUUAACCAGUGUUAUUUGAGCUGCUUAUUAAUAUUAACUUGUAAUUGUCUCUCUGCUUGUUAUUGGUUAAAACAAUCAAGGAAAUGAGGAAUCCAUUUUAUCAAUGUAGCUGUAAACUCCAUUAAAAGACAGAACUAUGUACAAAGCAUUUACUCAGCUAAAGUAUUGUUGAAAGCUAUACAUAUACAACAUUACAGUCUGUCUGUAUUUAGAUAUUUUAUUUCCAGAGGAAAAAAAUGGACUGUACAUAAAAAUAAAAAAAUCUUAAAGUUGAGUUUCAAUAUGUACUGUGUAGAUAGUAGUUUAAAUAGUUCUGACAAGCGGGUAAUACUCCAAGUCUAACAUGAUUUUCAGUAUUGUCUCUUUGCAUAUGUACAUAUAUAGACAUCUAUUUAUGAAUUUGUGUGUGUGCAUAUUUGUGUGUGUAUAAGUACAUGUGUGUGUGAGUGCUCAAAUACAGAUAUAUGUUGAAUACACAAAACUUUCUUGGGCCCUUUUCCUAGCAAGGAGAUCUUAUUACUGAAGGUCUUGCUAGUUCAAGCAGAAGCCCGCACUCCGAUAAGAAAUUACAGGUGCAGGGCUUUGUUUAAAAUAAGUCAUUAUAAUUAAGAAGUGGGAAAACAUAGAGCCACUCUGUGUAUAAAGGCCUGUCAUUGCCUUAAUUCUAGCCUCCUGUGAGGUACUGAUCUCUAUGGAAAGAAGAGAUCCCUUUUUAUGGUACUAGGGAAUUUUCUUCCUGUAAGAAAAAGCUCAUAGCUUUUAUAUAUAUAUAUAUAUAUAUAUAUAUACAUAUUUUGUGGAUAGUGGCAUACUUUACCCCUAACAUCCAGAAAACCAGCAACUGUAAGAAGUCCAUGCCUAAAAAAAGGCUGCCCAAAGAUGAAUUCAGUAUUUCAUAUCAUAUCUUUCAGAAUUAUCAUUCCUGGAAAUGUUUUCUUUCCCCUUCUUGGAUCACAGCUGCAAGUGCAAAUAUGGGUCAGCUUCCAACUAGGUGCAGCAUUAUGAACUGCCUCUCCAAAAUCCCAAUAAACUCUCCACUUGUGUUUCAAGAACUGUAAAGCUCAAAACAACUACUGGUUGAGGACUUCUCUUGCUGAAAUGUGCAGUUAAAUGAGAAUGGAGCAAAGUAAAUGGAUAACAUUAUUGAAAGUAAAUGUUUUCCCACUGGUGUACCAGUAGGAGAGGAGACUGUCAUAUUAUUAUUACUUUGGCUUCUUUGAAUAGAUAUGCCUGUGGGAAUUUCUUCAUUAUGUAUGACAUCUCCCAGGAUAAAAUUGUGACCCCAGACCAUGUGCAGAUUUGGAGAAAGACAUUUUCCAAGCCCUGUAGUUCAUAUUCUGAUCUCAUUCAGGAAUAUGCUGACACACAAAACUUUUUUUUCCUUUGACAGGGAUUAUGAUUAAACUGGUAGUGUUUACCCCUUGUGCUCUAUGAAAAUUAAUUGUUGUGAAUAUAAACCAUAAAAUAAUUUGUGUUGCUGCCAAUAGUUAGAUCUUGGAUCUAUUAAAUCAAUGGGAAUUUUUCUAUUGAUUUCAGUAUAAAUUUCCAUUUAAUAGUAUGUAGAACUCCAGUGUUAAAUUCAAUUAACAAUCUUAGCAACCUGUACAACAACUGAGCAUUAUAUGGUUUGUUUAUAUUCCUGGAAAAUGGAUGUGAAAUACUAUUGCUGGUACAGUUUCAUUAUUUUCUAUAUUUUUUAAAACUUCCCAUAAAAAUGUGUGAAAUAUAUACAUUCUGUUCAUAUAUAAAUAUUUGUCCACUUUUCAGGUAACAUCCAUACAACGAGGAAUUAUUCAUCAUGCAAUGGUUUUGACCCUACUAAUUGUGGUUGUUGGUAUUUUAUCUGCCUCUGGUCACAGUCAUUCAUACUAAUAAUUAGUCUAAAGCCUUUGAAGGAUUUUCUAUUCUUCAUAAGCUAUUCUUCUUCAUUGUUGAGUUUGAACUUGAAAGAGUUCUUUUGGUGAUUGAGUUGUGAAACAGUGAUCUAAUAUCAGAAUAGAUAAUGUAUUACUUAGGUGCUAGUUCAUUGCAUUUCAUUCAAUCUAUUUGGGAAAUAUUUUGUGUUUACUAAUUUUGUUGAAGAAUGUUUUUGGUUUUGUCAUUUGAAAAAGGAUUUUAAUGAACAUGAAUGUGUUAAGUCAGUUAAACAAUGUAUGUAUGAGUGUCUGGGUCUUGCACAUGAACAAUGCCUUAAUGGAGUGCUAGGCCAGGCAAAUGUUGUCACACUAUAACUCAUUAAUUCUAGAAGUAAUAAAGAUGUAUAUCUCUAAAGGUA